CAAAGCGAAGCCAACGUGAUUCCGUCUUUUUCCGCUUUACAUUCUGAAGAUGGCGGUUGGUAAAAAUAAGGGUCUCUCCAAAGGAGGCAAAAAAGGUGGCAAGAAGAAGGUAAUUGAUCCUUUUUCACGUAAAGAUUGGUACGAUGUGAAAGCACCAAACAUGUUUACCACUCGCCAAAUUGGCAAAACUUUGGUAAACCGUACUCAGGGCCAAAGAAUCGCUUCCGACUACUUGAAGGGACGUGUUUUCGAAGUAUCGUUGGCUGACUUGAAAAAAGACAGUGAUCCAGAACGUUCUUUCCUUAAGUUCCGUUUGAUUGCUGAGGAUGUACAAGAUCGCAAUGUCUUGUGUAAUUUCCAUGGUAUGGAUUUAACAACAGACAAGUACAGGUCAAUGGUCAAGAAAUGGCAAACAUUGAUUGAAGCCGUUGUUGAAGCUAAGACCACUGAUGGCUAUUUGUUGCGAGUAUUCUGCAUUGGUUUCACAGCUAAGGAUCAACAAUCUCAACGCAAAACAUGCUAUGCACAACAAUCCCAAGUACGUAAAAUCCGUGGAAAGAUGACUGAAAUCAUCACUAAUGAAGUUACCGGUGUUGACUUACACAAAUUGGUACAAAACUUAACAUUAGACUCAAUUGCCAAGGAUAUUGAAAAGAAAUGUCAACGCAUUUAUCCUUUACAUGAUGUAUACAUUCGCAAAGUUAAAGUAUUGAAGAAGCCACGUUUUGAAUUAUCUAAACUUUUGGAAAUGCAUGGUGAUGGUGGUGGCAAGGGUACUGAAGCUGUUGUAUCAGCUGAAGGUACUGUUAUUGAUAGGCCCGAAGGUUAUGAACCACCAGUACAACAGUCUGUUUAAGUAGUUUGGUGUCAACAAAUUAAGAUACUAUCAUUUGUUUAAAUGUAGAAAAGAGAAUUCAUUUUAAUACACUAUACUACAAAACUAGAAAAUAUGUUUCGUAUUUAUCACUAAA